CCUCUCAUCUUGGUGUUCCCGGAGAGUACACCACAGCGCAAGCGCGUGACCACGUGACGGGGAAAGGGGCCGCAGCAGCCUGGCAAUCCCUCCUCUGUUGCUGGAAUGUAUCGCUCCGUGAUGUCCGGUCGAUGAUCUGGCAACUCCCGGACCCGAGAGCGACACCAGAGUGGGAACAUACAGCCGGACUGAAGAAGAAGAAGAAGUAACGAGCGAGCCCAGAUCGUUUGAGAACAAGGACUGGAAUAACCAUCGAAAGAUGAUCCGGAGGUGAACCGCAUCCUCAAGUAGGUGGCUAACAUGGGAGGACUACGAGCCGGUGUCUUUAUUUCUCCAGUCCCGGAUAACCAAACGAGCGAAAGAGUACAUCCCGAAGGGUCCAGGACCAGGCGAAAGUGUGUCACGGCUCGCGUGAUGAUCUGUGAGUGCGUUCCGGUCGUGGAAUCAUUUAAAUCUUCGAACCCGUGAUGGAUCAUUAAAAAAGUUAAACAAGUACAGGUCGUACAGGUACACAAUCGACAAGAGGUUAGACAACAACACUUUAUUUGUGUCUUUUUUUAUGGAUAUUUUGAUGGACAUUCUAGGGGAGUAUAUAAAUUACUGGUUGAACUGACUGCAACUGUUUGGAUGAUUUCUUAAAGCUCAAACAUAAGCUACAAAUAUUCACGAAAGCACUGGAAGUGUUCCAAGAAACUUAACAAAAAGUGUUCUUCGACAAUUUUUAUUUAUCUUUCUUGCUUAUUUGUUUAUUUAUUUAUUUUACGCUCCAACCUGCUUCUGAAUACCAAAUACUAGGAAAACACAUCCCCGGCGUGUUUCAGUUCUUUCGUGAAUGCUUAAGUUGUGGACCAGACACCAGAAACAAUCUGUGAAGUUUCUGAAAGUCAAGUUUGGACAUAAGAAUAUGCUAGCCAACAAGGAUACACUUCUUGGAAUAUAAGCCUCUAUCUUAUCGUGAUAAGACAUGAAAUUUACAACACAACGAAUGUCGAAGCUUCAACAUCGGAACGUUUAUCAAGUUUACCAUCACCGAGGGAAGUGUUAUCAGAAUAAUACAGCAAGUUCUGUACAUCAGGUACUGACAAAAGAUUGUACAACAAGUUCUGGAAAUUCAACCACUAGUGAGCUGAUGUUAUCAAAGACGUGUACUCACAGGCAAGGUCUGUAUGCAGAGUAGACAACAUUUCUAGUCCUUUAACCCAAUUUUUAAACAUUUUUUUCUCAAGAAAGGCAUGUAUCUGUGUUCAAACUUCUUUUCUUAGCAUAUUUCUACUAUUUGAAGAGACUCAGUGAAAGAAGUAAUUUGUGUUUUCGAUUAUUACGUGUGUAUCUCUGGAUUUCAAGUUGGUGUUCAGCAACUCCUUUAGGAUACGUCAUUUCGAAUUUAUUGCUAAGACGGUACCAACUUUUCUCCGGAGACAACUCCUUUUUCAGGACUUUCAUUUCUACUUUACUAUCAGGUGCUAUUGUGUUGUGUGGGGCUGUGUGCGAACUGCACGAAAACUUAUUGUGGGCUUCAAAAUGGCCGCCAAGAGCUGUUGGACUAUGAGGUGAGACUGGACACAGCAGAUGUGGCGGUGACAGUUCUUCUGUUUCAUAGGCCAGUAGAUAGUAGUGUACGAUGGGGGCCACGUGCGGAUAAAGGCCCAGAAAGCCAUGAACUACAAGUGCCUCGUCGCACUUUUCUUCAGCUGCUAUAGCUUGCUCACUUCUUUAGUGCGUUGUUCGGAGGACGAAGAACGUCUGGUGCGGGAUUUGUUUCGGGACUAUAACAAGCUCAUCCGUCCCGUCGAGAUGAUGAACCAGACGGUGGUCGUCGAGUUCGGACUCUCCUUCAUCCAGCUUAUCAACGUGAUGAAAAAAAAUCAGAUCAUGACCAAUGUGUGGCUACAGUUGACUUGGAUGGAUUAUCAGCUGGUAUGGGAUCCGGCCGACUAUGGUGGUAUCAACGUCCUCCGACUGCCCCCGGAUAAAGUGUGGAAGCCGGAUAUAGUCCUUUUCAACAAUGCCGACGGAAACUACGAGGUACGCUACAAGUCAAACGUGCUCAUCUACCCGAAUGGUGGAGUGAUGUGGGUUCCCCCCGCCAUCUAUCAGAGCUCGUGCCGCAUCGACGUGACGUAUUUCCCCUUCGAUCAGCAGAAGUGCGUCAUGAAGUUCGGCUCGUGGACUUUCAACGGCGACCAAGUAUCGCUAAAGCUGUACAACGACAACGACUGGGUCGACCUCUCAGACUACUGGAAGAGCGGCACCUGGGACAUCGUCGAAGUGCCGGCGUUUCUCAACGUCUACAACAACUCCAAGUACGGAAAGGUUACAGAGACGGACAUCUCGUUCUACAUUACGAUCCGCCGCAAGACUCUCUUCUACACGGUCAACCUGAUCCUGCCGACGGUUUUGAUCUCCUUCCUGUGCAUCCUGGUGUUCUACCUGCCCGCGGAGGCCGGAGAGAAAGUCACCUUGGGCAUUUCAAUCCUGCUCUCGUUGGUCGUCUUCCUCCUGCUCGUGUCAAAGAUCCUGCCCCCGACGUCCCUUGUCCUGCCCCUCAUCGCUAAGUACCUGCUCUUCACCUUUCUCAUGAACACCGUUUCCAUCCUGGUCACGGUCGUGAUCAUCAACUGGAACUUCAGGGGGCCCAGGACGCACAGGAUGCCCAACUGGAUCCGAGUGGUAUUUCUUCAGUACCUUCCUUCGAUGCUUCUGAUGAAGCGGCCGAAAAAGACGCGUCUGCGAUGGAUGAUGGAUCUCCCCGGAGUCUACCAUCAGCACUACCACCCCUCGCAGCCUCCCCCGCGGAGUAAAUUGGAGCUUCUCGACGUCCACCACCCCAACUGCACAAUGGCACGGGCGGUGUCAAGCAGUCUCUCUUCAGAGAGCAACACGCUUAUUCUAUCAUCAGAAGCCUACAAGGCCACGGAAGCCGUCGAGUUCAUCGCCGAGCACCUGAGGAGCGAGGACGAGUACAUACAGAUACGAGAGGACUGGAAGUACGUCGCAAUGGUCAUCGAUCGUCUGCAACUGUAUAUAUUUUUCCUGGUAACAGCCGCUGGAACUGUGGGUAUACUGUUGGAUGCUCCACACAUCUUCCAGUACGUCGACCAGGACGCCAUCAUCGAGAUGCACAAGGGUAAAGCUUCCAGAUGAGGAAACCCGUUCCAUGGAACUCGAACAUUUCUGCCCAACCCCCUUCGGAGAGCGGCGGCCGCCGGCGAGAAGGUCAUUUUAAGGGCGUGGAUAUGACCCUUUUUGCUCAAAUAACAACUUUUUGUGGGCCAAGUCUUGUCCACCUGAGGAUAUUUGGUGCUGGCCUCCCCUUUUUUGGACGUCUUUUCUCCUUCCCCCACAAACACCAUGUCGGGGGAAGUGGAGGAAUUCCUUUCCCCCUAAAUAGAACAUCGACUACUACAGAACAAAAUACAGGAUAUUCUAAUGCUGAAAACCCAUGUUACUGCGUUGUUUUAAUUGUCUAAACUUUCAUUGUGCUGACAGCAAUGAACUUCUGGUUUGUUUAGACGGUUGCGGUAUUCAAGAUCGUGGUAUAUAUUGUAUUACCUUCGUGAACUCGGAUCAAACGCUGAAGUGAAUUGUUCGAUUCUUCUACUUAAUGGAAUGUGUUGUUUUUCCUUUUUCGAUCCGGGUGACAUUUUUUGUUUUUUCUUCCCCUCGUCGCAUUUGCGAUCGAAUAGUCGCAUUUGAGAACGAAUCGUCACAUUUGCAGUCGAAUCGUCGUGGGUGACAUCGUUGAGACAGAUCAAGAGAAUGUUGCAAACCGGAAGGCUACCUAAAUCCAAAGAAGCUAACCGGGCAGAUCUGGUUCUCUCGGUCCUAGUUGUUCAAUUAGUGAUCAUUUCGCGAUUUUGCAGCGUUUGGGAGAGGGUGAUUUUAGGAUUAGAUAAAGCGAUUUUAUACGUGCUUUCUAUCACUAACCUAUGGUUGCCAUGUUUUUGACACUGUAUGGAACAGAUCGCUUCGCCAAAUCUACUGAUUACACGGGCUUGGGAGAUUUAAUCAUUAAAAUCGACGAAUUAAAUCAAUAUUAUUUUCAUGUCGGUUUUCAGAAAAACUGAGUUUGAAUUUCAUUCAGUGAAAUAUCAAUAGUAUAAAAUUAUAACGAGUAGAAAAUCUUCAGCCUGUACUAAAAUUUCAGCUAGAAUUAUUCGAUUUCUGACGAAAAAGUAUUCAGAUAAAAAAAAAAUCUAACAUCAAAAUCAGAUUUUAUUGUCCUUGUUGGCGUGAUUUGAUUUGAAUUAUUUUUCUGUCAAAAAAUUAUAAUGAGUAGCAAAUGUUCGACUUUCGCCGAGAAUUAUCAAUAAUCUGUCCCAAAAAUAUUCACACUGAAAAAAAAUCAGUCAUUAUUCAAAUUAAUUCACACUUCAUUCGCAUAACUUGAUUCAUCACUUUAUCAGAAAAUUAUACCAGGAAGUAAGAGAUAAGAUUUUCUUAUCGAAUGAAAUCUUUUUUAGCAAUUAUUAUUAUUGUUAUUGAAGAAGGAAUUUAUGUCAGCUUUUCGCAAAAUACGCAAAAACAUUUGAAAUUUAAAUUUACACAAAUAAAUGAUUCAUAAGACUGUCGCGAAAUCUGAAUUAAAUUGGCAAUUAAGUAAAUCAAUAAGAAUGUAUGGAAAAUUACAUUACUUACUUAUUACCAAUAAGAAUAUCUGGAAUUAAAUUGAUAUCAAGCAAUAAAUUAUAUUGAUAAGAAUCAAUUAAGUAAAUUGAUAAGAAUAUCUGAGAUUUGAAUAGUUUGAAAUUUACUCUUACCUAAGAAUACACAAUUUUACAUUUAUCUAAUUUUGCGAACUAGUACUUACAAUAAUAAUUUGCAUUUCAAGAAUUCAUUCGUUACUUUUGUUUUAAUAAUAACUAUAAUAAUGUUUUUAAUCGUAAUUUGCAUUGAAUUUAUUAUUUGUAUAUACUACUAGUAGCUAAUUGUAUUCCGUUAAUAAGUAAUUUCCUUUUUAUUAAUAAUUGGUAAAGAUAUCAAUUAAUAACUUCAUUGCUUAGUUUUAUAACAAGUGAAAAUGUUGAACAUUUAUUCAUUGAAAUUUUUUCUCUUAUAGAAGGGCAUAAAUAAAAAUACCAAAUAUUUGCAUUUCUGGCGAAUAUAUACGAAAACUCUUUGCCUCUUGUGUGCAUUAUCAUAAUUUUAAUCUUAUUGAUAUUUCACAGUAUAUUACAAUAUUACCUAAAUUUUGGAUGCUAAUUUUUAGUUGGUAUAAGUUUGAAGUUGAUGUAUUUUAAUUUUAUUUUGUUGAUUUAGAAUGUAAAAGGUAAAAUUUAUCAAGAGUUAAAAAAUUGCAUACGUCGCUGUUCUAUCUUUUCAUUUCAUUUAUCGUUUGGGACAAAACGUUUUUCUGCUUCAGAUAUGGCCGUCAUUUAUAAAGAAGGAUUUUAAGAUAUUGAUCGAUAUGCAAAGACGGAAACGGUCGUGGAAUUUUAAUUACAUUAUUUUGAAAUCUCUAUUUUUUAAAAUCUAUUUUUCGAAUAAGUUUAAAAUUCUCAAAAAAUGUUUACAGUUUUAAUUUAUAUUAAUAACGAACUGCAAAGAAUUUGCAAAAAUUCGUGCAUAGGUGAAAUCAAAAUAAAGAAAUCAAACUUAACCACCGAAGAAGAUAUUUUCCCCAAUAUGAUAGAUACUUUUUAAAGAAUUUCCCACUUAAACUUUCCUUCUGAGAUUAUUAGAUGAAUUUUUGUGAAACAUUGAGAAAUAAUAAAAUUUCGCAUUAAUUUAACAUAACAAACAGUGCUCUGUACACAUCGUCUCUCAAUUGGGCUUUCCUGGAACAUGAAGGUAACCGUUUUGUGAAAGAGCUGGAACUUUUUGCUUUUCAAGAUGAUACGCAUUUUCAUAAAGAGAACCGGCAUGCUAUAUUCGGGGCAUCUUAAUUAAUGAGCAUCGAUUAACUUGCUUAAGGGUAGUGGUGUACUUUUGAAGUUUGAAGGAGAAUCCUUACUCAGUCCUCCCUAUAAAAGGAGCUCUCUAAUAAGAGUUAUUUUAAAGGAAACAAAAACCUUUUUUUAUACAUACAAUCUCUCGAUUGCACUUUUGCCCACUUUUUAAGUUAAAAUCGAUUUUCAUAAGAUGCACCGGCAAAUUUAUGCUGGGGAAACGUUAUCUUUUCUAGCUUAGUGAACUCCAACUAAAGUACAUGAUGGUCCCGGCACUCUUUUGACCGGAAUCCUUACGCAGCGGUUCUUAUAUGAAGAGGAAAGAAUUAUUUAAAAGCAAAAGAGUAUUUAUCUGUAGGCAUCAUCUGUCAACUGUAGAUUUCUAUGACAUGAAGGUACCGCGUUUUGAAUGUGCUGGCACUUUUGUGAAGAUUAUCCUUUCAAGCUAAAACCGAUCUUCAUAAGGUGUGGCUGCAUAGUUAUGCCGAGGAAUCUUUAUCUACAUUUUCUGUCUCACUGACUAAUUUGCAUAAGGGUACAGUCACAUUUAUGCUAGAAUAUCUGUAGUUAUCUUUUCUAUAUUAGUGAAUUCUGACUAUAAGGGUGCCAGCACAUUUAUGCCGGAUCAUCUUUAUUUAUUUUUUCCAUAUUAGUGAAUUUCGACUAACUUGUUCAAAGGUGCCGAAACAUGUAUCUCUGGGCCUUUUUUUAAAUCUUUUCUGUAUUAGUGAAAGCUGACUAACUUGCGUAAAGCUGCUGACACACUUUUGAGGGGGAAUCCAUACGCUGCGUUCUUUUUAAAAAUGUAUUCAUCUAUAGACACCGUAUCUCGACUAGAGAUUUCUGGAAGGUGAAUGGACGACGCUGUGAAGAUGCUCUUACCUUUACGAUGAUUGGCUGUUACCUUUACCCUGGAAUGUGAAGGUGCUGGCAAUUUGAGAGAUUACCCUUUUCAACCUAGAACCGAUCUUCCUGAGGAGGUACUAGCACCUUUAUCGUGGCACUUUUAAUUAUCUUUCCUGUCUUAGUGAACAUCAGCUAAACUGUACAAGGGUGCCUACCCACUUUUGAUGGGAGACUUACACAGCAUUACCUAUAAAAAGAUUAUUUAAAAACGAACAAAAAUUUCAUUUCAAGACACGAUGGGAAAUUUUUGGAUCAUGAAAGUACCACGAGGUGAAAGUGUUUGCCCUUUUGCAAAGAUUCUCAUUUUCAAGAUAAAAUCGUUUUUAUAAGGGGUACUGGUAUUUUUAUGAAAGGUAUCUUUAUUUAUAUUUUUACCUUAGUUAAUGCCGACUAACUUGCAUAAGCAUGCCGGCAUACUUUUGGCUAGUUGCCUUUAUCUUUUUUGUCUUAGUGAUCUCUAACUAACUUGCAUAAGAGUGCCAGGAAAUUUCUGACAGGCUGUCGUUACUUUGCAUUUCCUGUAAGAAGAGGAAGGAGUUAUUUAAAACAAACCAAAAAAUUUCAUCAUUUCUCGAAUAAGAAAUUUUGGAACAGGAAGGUACCACGUUGUGAAGGUGAAGGCACCUUUGCGAAACUUACCUUUUUCAAGCUAAAAACGAUCUUCAUAAGGUGGCCCUGACUUUUAUCAGAUACAUCUUCUUUAUCUUUUCUAUCUUAGUAAACACUAGGUAAAUUGCAUAAGAGUGCCGGAAACGUUUGACAGAGUAUCCGUACGCAGCCUUCCCUAUAAGGAAAAGAGAGAAUUAUUAAACAAGAUUUUUAGAUCAGGAGGGCGUUGCGAAAGUUAUUUUUUUUAAGCAGGAAACUUAUUUUCAUAAAGAUUUUGGACGAUUUUAUACCGAACAUCUUUAUUAACGGUGAGAUAUUACACAGUAUUUCCUAUGAAACUAGGACCCAGUUAUUUAAAAACAAAAAAUCGUCAAUAGAUUCUGUCUUGCAGUUGAGAAUUUUUGGAACAUGAAAAUACUAGUAACUUUGCGAAGUUUAUCCUUUUCAAGUUAAAGCCGAUCUUCUUUAGACGUAGCGGCACACUCAUGCUAGGACAUUUUUAUUUAUCUUUUUUUGUCUUAGUGAACACUGAGUAACUUGGGUUAUGGUGUCGCCACACUUUGGUUGGGUAUCCUUCCGCAGGUCUCUCUUUUAGAAGAGGAUAGAGUGAUUUAAAAACAAAAAAUUCAUAUAUAGCCAUGGUCUUUCGAACGGUGAUUUUUUGGAACAAGAGUGUGCUGUGUUAUGAAAGUGAUGGUACGUUCCCAAAAAAUACCUUUUCAAGCUAAAACCGAUCUUCGUAAGGGGUAACGGCACACUUAUGUCGGAGAAUGUUUAUGAAGAUUUCUCUUUUGGUGAAUACUGGCCGACUUACAAUAGAGUGCAGGCCCCUUUUAAGACAGGAUAACCUUAACCAGCACUGCUUGUGAGAAGAAGACCGAGUUACUUAAAAGCAAAAACAAACACGAAUUAUUGUAUUUGGUAGGAAACUGAAAUUCGUGAAAGAACUGAUAUGAAUGUUUGUUGAAAAUAUAAGGAGCACUUCUACAGGACUUCUAUUAUUACAUGUUAGAUAUUACAUGUUAAAUAUGAUUUGAAAAAUGCGUAUAGACAAAUAAGUCAAGUAUCGUUUUUUGCACGGGAUAAGUACUUUUGCCUACAGGAAGGAAAAUCAAACUUAGGGUCAAGGGGAAAAGGUAGAGAACAAAUAAGAGUAAUAUUUGUAGUAUUUUAUCUGAAGUCGAAAAAUCAAAUAAGAGAAAGUUUCAAAUCAAAAUUAAGCUACAGUUAUAGCUAAGCGCCGACGACACUUUCUGUCUUUGCACUUCGAUCGCUGUGCAGCUAAAUUUUCUCGUCUGCAGCACAGUAUGCCCGCGGAAUCCGUAGUAUGUAGAGAAUUUAGAGGAUUUCAAGAUGUCGUCCUCUUUUACCGCCCACGAUGCGAUGCCAGAGUUGAGGAAACAUCUUCCUGCUCCUUCUCCCAAAAGAGAAACAAAGGGUUGGUGCUCUUCUCUUCAAUCUCCGUCAGUUCCCCUUCUCGGGUAGUUUGAAUUAUGGAGCCAUUCUUCAAACGAUAUUUGCGGGUAAAACUUGGCUGCCCUUCUACGGCGAAAAUAAGUUAUAUAGGCCAACUUAAAUUGGUUAAACUAAUGAACUAAAGAGAAAUUAUUUUAAGAUAGAGAAGGAGAUUGUUAGAAACAAGCUAAAAAACUAUAAAUGUCAGUUUGUAACAUUUAGAUAUUUCCCGAACAAAUCUUUCUUUCUAAAAUUUCUCCUAAUUCCUCUCCUUUUCGGCUUCUAAAAAUUUUCUAUAAAUGAAAUUGUAAAAAUUUAGUAAGAAAAUUUGAGAAAUAUUCGCAUGAACUUUCUCCUAAUUUAGCUUUUUCUCAGCUUCCAAAAAUGCUUUGUUAAAUAAAGCUGUAAAAAUAUGGUAAACAAAUUAAAAGAUAUUCAUAUAAAAUUUCUUCUAAUUUAGCUUUUUUCAUCUUCUAAAAAUUUCCUGCUAAUUAAUUUAUGAAAAUUCGUAAAAUUUGGG